AUGGGAGAGAUGAGAGCAGCUUGCAAUAUAGUUUUAGUUGAUGUCCAAAAAAUUUUAUCACAUUCCGCUACAUAUCCAUUACAUUUGCAGGUCAAAUACUCCAUUGUGCAGCAACCCAAUCAAAAGGGUACCAAAUUUACGGUUGAUGAAGAAACUGGUGAGGUGUCCACUAACAAAGUAUUCGAUCGUGAAGGUGAUGAUGGCAAAUUUGUCUCGGUCACCGUCAAAGCAACCGAUCAAGGUGAGCCCAGCUUGGAAGGUGUUUGCUCUUUCACUGUUGAAAUAACUGAUGUCAAUGAUAACCCUCCAUUGUUUGAUCGACAAAAAUAUGUUGAAAAUGUUAAGCAGGAUGCCAGCAUUGGUACAAACAUCUUACGUGUAUCUGCCUCCGAUGAAGAUGCUGAUAAUAAUGGCGCUAUUGUUUAUAGUUUGAGUGCACCAUUCAAUCCCAAUGAUUUGGAAUAUUUCGAUAUACAAGCUGAAUCCGGUUGGAUUGUGUUGAAGAAGCCACUUGACCGUGACCGUUAUCGUUUGCGGGUGCGUGCCUCGGAUAGAGGUGACCCACCGUCGUACGCUGACGUUGAAGUUGAAUUAGAUGUCGUCGAUAGAAAUAACAAGCCACCAAUUUGGGAUAGAAGCAUUUACGGUCCAAUACAUAUACGUGAAAAUGUCACUGUGGGUACGGUUGUAACAUCGGUUAAGGCAAGGUUUCGUGAAACCUACAAAUUAGAGGCCAUGGCCCAAGAUAAAGGCUACCCACCGCUGUCACGUACCGUUGAGGUGCAAAUCGAUGUUGUCGAUCGCGCCAACAAUCCGCCCGUCUGGGACCAUACCGUCUAUGGGCCGAUUUAUGUCAAGGAAAAUAUGCCGGUCGGCGGCAAAGUCGUCUCGAUCAAAGCCAGUUCGGGAAUUGAAGGAAAUCCUACGGUAUUUUAUCGGCUUAUGCCAGGAUCUACGGCACAAACGAACAAAUUCCAUACAUUUUAUUUGCAACAAAGACCCGACAAUGGUGACACAUGGGCUGACAUCAAAGUCAAUCAUCCACUGGAUUAUGAAAGCAUAAAGGAAUAUAAUCUGACCAUACGCGUGGAGAACAAUGGCGCCCAACAAUUGGCAUCGGAAGCUACUGUUUAUAUUAUGUUGGAGGAUGUUAAUGACGAAAUACCGCUAUUUACGGAACGUGAACAGGAAACAGUGUUGGAAGGUGAACCCAUUGGCACGAAAGUGACACAAGUGAAUGCAAUCGACAAGGAUGGCACAUUCCCAAAUAAUCAGGUCUAUUAUUACAUCGUUGAUUCGCCACGCAAUGAAGGCAAAGAAUUCUUUGAAAUCAAUUUGCAAAGUGGUGAAAUCUUCACGAAAACCGUUUUUGACAGAGAGAAGAAAGGCGCUUACGCGUUGGAGGUGGAAGCACGUGAUGGUGCACCGUCAGCACGGCCCAACAGUAAUGGACAACCGAAUUCAGGUUAGUUGAAAUUGUUGUUUUAUAUUACUUUGUUUGUAUCUGCAGUUUAAAGUAAAAUCUUAUCAAAAA